CAAUCAGACAUGUUAAAUAUGUCAUAUGUGGUAGUUGAAACACUGGUGAAGUACAAAGUGACAGAUGAAAUUUUCCACUUCAAACUCUUAACUGUUGAUACAAAAAAAAUCAAGAUUAUAUUUUCCAUAAAAAUCCACUUUCAAGAUAUAUAGUCCUCACAUGCAGUCCAAUAAACCACUUAGUGUCUAUUGACAGUGACACCUCUAAUCUCCUCCUUAUAUAUUCUUUCUUGACCAACCUUAAUUUUCUUGAGGCCAUUCUACACCCCCUAUUUUCACUCAAACAAAAGGCAAAUAUUCAAGAAAUAACCAACUUUUAAUUUCCUCUACACAUUUAAGAAGGAUGAAAUCACCACCAACUCAUGUCUUCUUUAAACAUAAAAGUAUGUUUCUUAGGUUGCUUAUAUUCAUACUAGGCAUUUGCUCAAUAAACAGAACUAACCUCUGUUGUGACCAACCUUUUGCCACCCCGAUAUCUUCUUCUUCUACCCCUUCAAGUUUUUCAGUGAUUCAAUCAUCAUUGAAACAGUUAACGAUUGAAGGGUAUUUUAGUUUCAAGAAUUUCGAUCACGCGGCCAAGGACUUUGGCAACAGAUAUCACUUCUUACCGUCGGCAGUUCUGUAUCCAAAAUCAGUUUCUGAUAUAUCAUCUACCAUAAAACAUGUUUUUGACAUGGGUAGCGCUACCGACCUUACUGUUGCUGCUAGAGGUCAUGGUCAUUCUCUAGAAGGCCAAGCUCAAGCUUACCAAGGAGUAGUGAUCAAUAUGGAAUCGCUUCGAGCGCCAGCAAUGCGUUUCCACACAGGGAAUCAAGAACUGCCUUUUGUUGAUGUCUCUGCUGGUGAACUUUGGAUAAACAUCCUGCAUGAAAGUCUUAAACUUGGAUUAACACCAAAAUCUUGGACUGAUUAUCUUCACCUGACCGUUGGAGGGACUUUGUCGAAUGCCGGAAUCAGUGGUCAAGCAUUCAAACAUGGACCACAGAUCAAUAAUGUUUACCAACUUGAGGUUGUCACUGGUAAAGGAGAGGUGAUUACUUGUUCAGAGGAGCAGAAUGCUGACCUGUUCUAUGGUGUAUUAGGAGGACUAGGCCAGUUUGGUAUCAUCACACGGGCUAGGAUUGCUCUUGAACCAGCACCUAAAAAGGUAAAGUGGAUCAGAGUGCUGUAUUCAGAUUUCUCCACAUUUUCCUAUGAUCAAGAACACUUGAUAUCAUCGGAGAAUUCUUUCGACUAUAUAGAAGGAUUUGUCAUUAUCAAUAGAACAGGAUUGUUAAACAACUGGAGGUCUACUUUCAAUCCUAAAGAUCCACUUCUAGCCAAAGAGUUCAGUUCUGAGGGAAAAGUUCUCUACUGCCUAGAAGUUGCCAAAUACUUCAAUCCAGAAGAGACAGCCAAAACUGAUCAGAAUGUUGAUGCUCUUUUAUCAAAGUUGAAUUAUAUCCAAUCGACGUUGUUCCAAUCAGAAGUCUCGUACGUUGAUUUUCUCGACAGAGUCCAUGUAUCCGAGAUGAAACUCCAAGAGAAGGGGUUAUGGGAUGUUCCUCAUCCAUGGCUAAACCUUCUAAUUCCAAAGACCAGGAUUCAUGACUUCGCACAAGAAGUUUUUGGGAAGAUACUUACCGACACUAGCCACGGUCCUAUACUCAUCUACCCAGUCAACAAAUCAAAGUGGAGAAAAGGAACAUCACUAGUUACACCUGAAGAAGAUGUUAUGUAUUUAAUAGCAUUCCUAUCUUCUGCCAUGCCAUCUUCAACAGGAAAGGACGGCGUAGAAUAUAUUCUAAAAAAGAAUAAGAAGAUACUGAACUUUUGCAGAAAAGCACAUAUUGGAAUGAAACAGUAUUUGCCACAUUACACAACACAGGAAGACUGGAAAAGUCACUUUGGUCUCCAAUGGGAAACAUUUAAUAGGAGGAAAUCCACAUAUGACCCUUUGGCUAUCCUAGCUCCUGGCCAUAGAAUUUUUAGAAGAGCAUCAGGCGUUCAACAACAAUGACUUCUUCCGAAAAUAUAAAUAGCUAUAUAGAGUUAUUUUACAUAGAUCUAUGGUUAUAAUGCUCCACACAUGUAACAAUGUUGAGGCAUUGUAGCAUUCUUUUCGGAACGAACUAUCUUUGUACAUGAAUGCUUGAAACUAGCAAUGAAUCUAAUGUUUGUGCUUA